CAAGUCAUCGGUAAGGUAGGGUUGAGGUUUUCUACAAGGGAGAAUGGGGAACUGUGUGCAACCAUGACUUUGACAUUCGAGAUGCAGAAGUGGUAUGUAGAAUGAUGGGCUUCUCUGGAGCGGUAUCUGCAGAGAUAGGAGGAAGAUUCGGUCCUGGAAAUUCCAAUCAGAAGAUUUUGCUCGAUGACUUGUGGUGCACUGGACAGGAGACUUCAUUAGCUACCUGUUCAUUCAGAAGAUGGGGAUCAAGUAAUUGUAAUCAUAGCGAAGAUGCUGGUGUAAUUUGCAAGGAGAAAAUUAAAGCUCCAAUUGUGAGACUAAGAGAUGGAGAUGAAACGCAUGGCCGGGUAGAGAUCUACCACGAUGGAAUCUGGGGCACAGUCUGCGAUGACAACUGGGAUAUCAAGGAUGCCACCGUAGUUUGUCGAAUGCUUGGCUAUAAGUAUGCUUGGCAAGCAUUCUCAUUCGGUGUGUUUAUGAAACAACAGAACGCAAAUGAAUUUUACGGAACAGGGCCCAUUUGGCUCGACAAUGUUAAUUGCCUCGGAGUUGAGAGCACCCUCAUUGAAUGUGGUCACAAUGGUUGGUUGGUUCAUAAUUGUGAUCAUGAGGAAGACGCCGGAGUAUUUUGCGGUAAUUCACCACCGCCAGACGGAUUGGCAGAUUCAACAGUAGUGAAUGAUACUAACAAACCAGUUGGACCACCUGCUGUUUAUGCACGAUUAGUGAAUGGGUCAAGUGAUAGAGAAGGUCGUGUGGAGGUCAACUACAAUGGUGAAUGGGGAACUGUGUGCAGUGAUCUAUUUGAUAUUCAAGAUGCAGACGUCAUUUGUAGAAUGACGGGCUUUCCUGGGGCUGUCUCUGCUGAAGUGAAAGGAAGAUUUGGCGCCGGACAUACUAGCCAGAAAAUUUUACUUGAUGAUUUAUGGUGUACAGGGAAAGAGUCUUCGGUAGCUUUGUGUUCAUUCAGAGGGUGGGGGUCACAUAACUGCAGCCAUGAUGACGACGCCGGUGUUGUGUGCAAAGAGAAAUAUCCAGUGAUAGAGCUUGAGCUGUUAGAUGGAUUUUUCCCAAAUGAAGGCCGUGUUUCACUUUUCUACAAUGGCCAGUGGGGUACAAUAUGUCAAGAUCAUUGGGAUUUGAAUGAUGCCCACGUGGUGUGUCGAAUGCUGGGUUACCCGGAAGCUUUUGGCUUCUUCAACAGUACAAUCUUUGGGAGUGCUAUUGAUGGGCCAAUAUGGCUCGAUGAUGUCAACUGCACGGGAAAUGAGAGCACGCUUGCAGCUUGUCCACAUGCUGGCUGGGGAAACAGUAACUGUGAUCACACUAAAGAUGUGGGAGUGGAAUGUGCUUAUGAUUACACUGUGAAUGCAAAGGAUGCAAGUUGUAAUUUUGACAUCUGGUAUUGUGGCUGGGAAACUUCAGCGGACAGGUCGGGUCCCGCAUGGACAAGAAAAUUUGGUCCAACUAUAACAGACAACACAGGGCCCUCUCAAGAUCGCACCUCUGGAUUUGGAUUUUACGUGUACGUGGAGGCCUCCGGACAAACCGUCGGUGACGUUUCGACAAUAGAGUCUCCAAACAUAGCUGGCAAUGGAAACACAACGUGUAUGGUGUUCUAUUAUCAUAUGUAUGGGCAGUCUAUUCAUACACUCAGAGUGGUGGUUGAGGAUCAAGUUUUGUGGGAGCUGUCAGGCAACCAGGGAAACGAUUGGCACAAAGCGACAUUGCCUCUUUAUUUUAACGACACCUAUAGGGUGAUGUUUGAAGGUGUAGUUGGUAGUACUGCAUUUAGUGAUAUCGCUAUGGACGAUGUCGAGUUCCAGGAAAAUACAGAGUGCGAAAAGACAGCCGAAACGUUAGUUCCAGCAAGAAUCAUAUCUAUUUCAUCGAAUCAAACAGCCUACUUUGGAAGCAACGUAACACUAGUUUGUACCGCGAUUGGUAGCCCUCAACCUACCAUUGUGUGGAGGAAAAAUGGUAAGGUUCUCAAUGAGAGUCAGGUGACUGGUAACAUCACUUUACUAAACAUCUCUCAAGCAGAUGGCGGAUUUUAUGAGUGCUCAGUAAGCAAUCAUUUGGCUACUGAAUCAAGAACAAUGGAGCUCAAAGUUGAAGGAUAUCUCAGGGAAACGACGAUUACAGCCAACAUCUCUUUCAGUGCGGUCGCCCUUGGUGAUGCUGUUGUCAUAAAGUGCUCGUCUAAUGGUUAUCCUACUCCAGUCUGUCGAAUUCAGCGAGAGGAUAACUCAUUUAACAUCAAUGAGAGUGUAUAUGUUAUUCAAAACUUCACCCCUGUGGAUCAAGGACACUACCUGUGGAGCUGCUCUAAUGUUGCUGGUGUGAAGAAGGCGAAUAUUACACUUGCUCUUUAUGAAUCUCCAAAUAUCACCGCCAUUCAUCCAGCCUAUCAGCUUGUAAAUGAAACGGACACUUUUGAAAUCUUCUGCAAUGUGACGGGAAAUCCAACCCCGGCAAUAACAUGGAGUAAACUAAGCAACACAAGCAAAGUAAAUUAUACAGGACAAACACUGAGGAUAACAAAUGCUCAGAUAUCAGACUUUGGGAGCUACCGAUGUACAGCUGUGAGCGAGCGGGGUGAGAAUGUUUCAGCUGAUGCACUGGUGGAAGUUGACAACUCUGCAGCGAGUAUUGUCCAAAGUCCACAAAACAUUACUGUCAUGGAAAAGGAAAGAAAAUAUGUUACCCUGCACUGUGACGCCACAGGGAAACCAGCUCCACGGUUGUCCUGGAUAAGAGUCAGAGAUGGAAAAAUAGUGGCUUCGGGAAAAACUCUAGUAAUCUCAGCCGCUGACAGAUCACAUCGGGGUGAAUACAGAUGUGUAGCCGAUAACGGAGUGCGAGAUCCUGUCUAUAAAUCAGCAUAUCUGAACGUGCUUUAUCAUCCUUCAUCGACGAGACUAACAACCGACAAACUAAAUGGAGUAGUCGUUGGAAAUGGUCGCAUUGGUUUGACGUGCAUAACUGAUGCGAACCCCCCUCCAAGUCAAUAUCAGUUUUAUCGUGACGGUAUCUACCUUAGAACCAGUCUCAGCGGAGUAUAUAUUAUUCAGAAGGCCAAAUAUUUAGAUGCAGGAACCUACCUAUGUGUACCACUCAACACUCUUGGCUCCGGUUAUAACGGCACCACCCAGGUUGAUGUCAUUGGUGCGUUCUCGAUCACUUCUCUUCCACGAAACAUAACCGCCAACGAAAGCACAAGUGUGUCUUUUUUCUGUAAUGCUACUUCGUUUGCUCCGUAUGACCGACUUAUCGCUAUGAUCUCAUGGAGUAAACUCGGAGACAACAGUAAAGUAUUUCCGCCAGGUGAACAGCUUGUUAUACAAAAUGUGAGUCGAUACGACGGAGGAACGUACAUUUGCACAGCUAAGAACGGACUUGGUCUUCCUGAUACUGCAGGAGCUGUACUGAAUAUAUUACAUAAACCAUACGACACCAGGCUGGAGGCAUCAAUUCCAGAUAACGUGGCAAUAGUUAACUCAUCACUGAUCUUGAAUUGCACUGCAAAAGCCAACCCACCGGUUACGUCGUAUAAAAUUUACCACAAUGGCAUCCUAGUGUCCAAUUCAUCCACUGGUAUUCACAACAUUACACACACCCUAGCUGAACAUAAUGGAUCGUACGUCUGCAUACCUUACAACGAAUUUGGGGAAGGCGAAAGGGCAACUUUGAACGUGUCUUUUACAGGACCCUGUGGUGCUAAACGUGUCCAUCAUACCUGGUCACCGCAGAUUGUGGCUGGAACUUAUGCUAAACUAGGAGAGUGGCCGUGGCAGGUCCAGCUGGGAUACUCCGACAACACCGAAAGCAUCCCUCAUCUUUGCGGUGGAUCCAUCUUAGAUCAUUACUGGAUUGUUACUGCAGCUCAUUGUCUGAAACGCGAGCUUCAAGCAAAGCCCCCAGCCAAUUUUAAUGUCACUGUUGGAGAGCUUCACAGGGGUAUUAAUGAAGGAAGUGAGCAGAACAUACCUGUAGAGAAGAUAAUUUUACACGAGAACUUCGAUGAUAUUGACCUUGAAAAUGACAUCGCGUUGAUAAAAAUGCAGCAACCCAUUCUCUUUGGUCCUCACGUGUCGCCGAUCUGCGUUCCAGAUUUUGACUUUGAUGUCGGUACUAGUUGUUAUGUUACUGGGUGGGAUAUCUGGGACCUUUGGGUUCCCCAUCAGACAUUCUUCAGGAGACCACUGUACCACUGAUGAACCACACAGUAUGCAAAAACCAUUACGUGGGAAUACAAAAUGUGACACCAGACAUGCGCUGCGCGGGAACUGUGGGUCAGAGU